CUUCAGCUCGGAGGUCCAAUGGAGUUUUCUCUUUCUCUCCUAUGCUUUUGAUUCAUCUUGUUCUUCUUUUCCAUUUUCCUUUCUGAACCCAGGAAAUGUUGUACUUCGUUGAAACGAGGUGGAAAGCAAAAGGAAAAUAGUUUUCAUUUGGUCUUGGAAUUUAGUUCAGUUUUUGGAUUUUUAGGGUUCCUGAGGGGGCAAAACUAAAGCGAAAAGAAAAUUCCUUUAUCGUAUUUUUUGUUUGGUGGUGUUUUUCUCAAAUGCCGCCGCAUCGAUCCAAGUCGGAGAAAAACGACGGAAUGGCGAAGCAGCUUCGCCGAGAUCCCUAUGAAGUACUUGGAGUCUCGAGGAACUCUACGGAUCAGGAAAUUAAAAGCGCGUACCGGAAAAUGGCUCUCAAGUACCAUCCUGAUAAGAAUGCAAAUGAUCCUGUUGCAGCUGAUAUGUUCAAGGAGGUUACAUUUUCUUACAAUAUCUUGUCUGAUCCAGAUAAAAGGCGCCAGUAUGAUACAGCUGGUUUUGAGGCUGUUGAAGCAGAUAACCAAGAAUUGGAGCUAGAUCUUUCAAGUUUGGGGGCUGUGAACACCAUGUUUGCUGCACUUUUUAGUAAACUUGGAGUGCCAAUUAAGACCACUGUAUCUGCAACUGUUCUGGAGGAGGCACUUAAUGGUGUGGUCAAUAUUGAGCCGCUUCUGCUGGGGCAACCUGUUUCUAGGAAGGUUGAAAAACAAUGUGCUCAUUUCUACUCUGUCCAAAUAACAGAAGAGGAAGCAAGGGAUGGGCUUGUUUGCAGAGUACAAUCACCUGAUAAAAGCAAGUUCAAGCUAUUGUAUUUUGAUCUAGAAGAGAAUGGUGGAUUAAGCCUUGCACUGCAGGAGGACAGUGCAAAAACAGGAAAGGUUACAUCUGCUGGCAUGUAUUUUCUUGGCUUUGCCGUCUAUCGCUUGGAUCAAACAGUUAACUCAGUUGCUGCUGCAAAGGAUCCAGAUACAGCUUUUUUCAAAAAACUGGAUGGAUUUCAACCAUGUGAAGUAACUGAAUUAAAACCGGGCACACAUUUUUUCGCUGUUUAUGGUGACAACUUUUUCAGAAGUGUAAGCUACACUAUAGAAGCUAUUUGUACUGCCCCUUUCGUAGAGGAAAAGGAGAACCUUAGAACCGUGGAAGCUGAGAUUCUGUCCAAACGGGUGGAAUUGUCAAAGUUUGAAACUGAAUACAGAGAGGUGCUGGCACAAUUUACCGAGAUGACAAGCAGAUACACAAAGGAAAUGCAAGAGAUCGACGAGCUUCUCAAACAAAGGAACGAGAUUCAUGCCUCCUACACAACUGUUCCUCCAAGUAAGAGAAGUUCGAGUAGGAACAGGAGUAAGGGUGCCUCCAAGGAGGCCAAAGAAGAUGGUGAAGUGAGAGAAAGGAAACAUUCUACAAGGGAUAGAACAAAGAAGAAGAAAUGGUAUAACAUCCACUUAAAAAUUGACAAGAGAAAGCAGCCAUGCUGAACAGGAUAAACAAGUCUGCAACGUUGGGGCCGAACGAAUUACAUAUCAGACCGUAAUUUAUUCCAUCGGUUCAAUAUUUGUGCAGGUAAGCACCACACUGCACCGUAUUUUGUUGAUCAUUGAUGUGAAAAGAUGGUUAAGGAUGACAACAACUCAUUGUUAUUGUAAAAUUCUUUCCUCCCCCCCCCCCGUUGUAUUUGUAAUUUUUCUGGUGUAUUCUCGACAAGUGCUCUUGUAUGAUUUCCUAUUGAUGAACACUGAACUGGUCGGGGUCCGGACCGUGGAGGUAGAAUACACUCCCGGCCCAACUCCUCCUAUUGGCAUCCUUAACCCCAACUGGUGCUAAUUUUUCUUUCUAGUUCCAAGAGUAUUGAGCUUA